CUAGCAUCGUUAGAAAUUGUAAAUUUUUCGUGAGUGCAGGCUCUAUUCAUGAUGAAGGACUUUUGCCCUAAACGUCGAUUUUCCUGCUCCUUGGAUGCUGCCUGAACUGCUGUGCUUUUCCAGCACCAUUCUCAUCAAAAGUGGAUUGGCCAUGUUGAAUUCCCCAUAGUGCCCAGGGAUGUGCAGGUUAGGGUGGAUGGCUAUGCUAAAUUAGGCAUAAUGUGCAGUCUAUGCUCGGUGUUUUGGAUGGUGUUCCUCCUCCUGAGGGUCUCGGACUUGUCUGGAUGAUUAUGUGUAUUUGAAGAUAGAAGCUUCAAAAUCAACACAUGAAGUCCUUAUACCCGAAACGUUAACUCUCCUGCUCCUCGGAUGCUGCCUGACCUGCUGCACUUUUCCAGUACCACACAUUUUGACACUGACUCUCCAGCGUCUGCAGUCCUCACUUUGACGUCAAUGUCUGACAGUCACUCAAUCCAGCGGGACUGGAAACAAUUUUCAACUAUGAUUCUGUGAGAAGGAGCAAAGUGUUUUGGUUCCUGUUUGAGUACAUUUUCAGCAUCAGUGGGACUGGAUGAGAGACCCUACUGUUGCAGCGCAUUGAGUGUGGGGCGUGUAGCAGCUUCUACAGCCUGGAAAGAGGAAUUGACGGCAGGGAGGGGCUGGAAACGUGUGUGUGUAUUUGUGUGCAGCUGAAGCUUCGGCCAUGGAGAAACCUGAGGAAUCCCGCCCCGUGGAGAAAUGGUGGAAGUGUGGUGAUGGGGGAAAAGGCUUCCGUUUCCCGUCUGCCCUGGAGAUUCAUCAGCGCAUCCACACAGGGGAGAGGCCGUUCUCCUGCCCCGAGUGUGGGAAGGCCUUCAGCAAAUGCUCCGACCUGCUGAGGCACCAGCGGUCCCACACGGGGGAGAGGCCCUUCAACUGCCCCAAGUGCUGGAAGAGAUUUACCCGGGCCUCCCACCUGCUGAGGCACCAGCGGGCCCACACAGGGGAGAGGCCGUUCUCCUGCCCAGAGUGUGGGAAGCGAUUUGCCCAGGCCUCCAACCUGCUGACCCACCGGCAGGUCCACACUGGGGAGAGGCCCUUCAGCUGCUCAGAGUGUGGGAAGGCCUUCAGCAAUUCCCCUAACCUGCUGAGGCACUGGCAGGUCCACACUGGGGAGAGGCCCUUCAGCUGCCCCGAGUGUGGGAAGGCCUUCAGCGAUUUCUCUUCCCUGCUGACCCACCAGCGGAGCCACACUGGGGAGAGGCCCUUCAGCUGCCCCGAGUGCGGGAAGGCCUUCAACAAUUCCUCUUCUCUCCUGAUCCACCAGCGGAUCCACACUGGGGAGAGGCCAUUCAGCUGCCCGGAGUGUGGGAAGGCCUUCCGCCAUUCCCCCAACCUGCUAAGGCACCAGCGGGUCCACACUGGGGAGAAGCCUUUCAGCUGCCCCGAGUGUGGGAAGGCCUUCAGUAAUUCCUCCAACCUGCUGACCCACCAGCGGAUCCACACUGGGGAGAGGCCCUUCAGCUGCCCCGAGUGUGGGAAAGCCUUCAGCAAUUCCUUCAACCUGCUGACCCACCGGCGGGUCCACACGGGGGAGAGGCCCUUCAGCUGCCCUGAGUGUGGAAAGGACUUCACCCGCUCCUCCCUCCUCCGGAGGCACCAGCAAGUUCAUGUAGGGUGAUUGAAGGAGUGACGGCUGAGUGCCAUUAUCGACUGGACUAUUAACCCAGUUCCAGGGACUCCUGAGUUUGAAUCCCGCUGCGGCAGAUGGCGCUAUACAGGGUCUGGGUUGAAAUUGCUGAGUGAGUCAAUACUUCCUCCAGGUUAAGGCUGUACCAAGGAUCCAAUUACAAAGGGACAACUCAGUGGUGACCAAUAGUAAAGACAGUGAUGGGGGGUGGGGAGAGUGUGUGCGCUUUGACUUUGAACUGUUUAAACAGCAGCUACUUUUUCUCUGCUAUUUUGCUGAGGGGAUCUGAAGCUGUAACAAAGUUGGGUUGCAAUAAAGGUUACCUGAACUUGC